AUGAAAGAAGUUAUAAUGAAAGAAUAUUACGAUUAUUCUGUAUAUAAAGGUCUGAAAGAAGAAACUUGGAAUACUGAUCCGAAUGAUCAGGAAUUUGUAUUUACUCACGAUUAUCUGGCCACAACUAGAGCAAAAGAUUUAUUAGAAGAUCAAUUUAAUUUACCUAACUCAUUGCUUGUAACAAUUGCUAUGAAAAUUAAGAAGUUCGAUUAUUAUUCGUCUACAGAUAAAAAACUAGUAAAGGUAGAAGAAUGCUAUCAAUUUGGAGAAAUGUUAGAAAAUACGAUAUGUAAUUCAUGUAAAGAAAUUGAGAAAAAUCGUGAUAAAUUAGAAAAUCUCUCUUCAUUAGAUGAAUAUUAUAACAACUUUCCUUCGGUUCUU